CCUGGUCCCGCAUUCCGACGCCCGCACCGGGGCGGGCGCUGCGCACGCUCGGCCAUGGCUGCGGCACGGUUGCCGCUGCUGUUGCUGCUGUUAGCGGCGUCGCCCGCCGCUCCAGCGCCAGCGCAUGACCCCUUCGCCCCGCAGCUCGGGGACACUCAGAGGUGCCAGCAGCGGUGUCGCCAGCGCCACCCUGGCCCGCCGCCCGCGCAGCCUGAGCCGGAAGGUCCUUCAGAGUCCCCAAAUAACAAGGCCGUGCUGGCCAGCGCUUGCGAGCGUGGUUGUCGGCUUUUCUCCAUCUGUCGCUUCGUGGCCAGGAGCUCUAGGCCCAAUGCCACGCAGACAGAGUGUGAAGCAGCCUGCACUGAGGCAUACGUGAAGGCGCCGGAGCAGCGGGCCUGCAGUGACGGGUGCUGGGGCCAGACCCCUGACCCUGAGACCCAGCUGCAGCAGCAGAAAAUGGCUUCUGAACCACCCACUGGGCCUCUGGCACUCCUGGACUUAUUCUCCACGCUCUGCAGUGACCUUAUGAGUUCUGCCCAGAGCUUCGUGUCCUCCACCUGGACAUAUUCCCUUCAGACAGACAACCGGAAGGUGGUGGUGUUCCAGACCCAGCCUGUGGUAGAAAGCUUUGCAUUCCAAGGGAGCCGUCUGCAGCGCGUGGAGGUGGCCUGGACAGGGCCCCACCCCGAGGCCCUGGAGGUGCACGUGGACCCUGUAGACCCCUUGGACAAAGUGAGGAGGGCUAAGACCCGAGUGAAGACCAGCAAGGCCGUGUCCGAGGACCAACCAGAGAGUGACUUUCUCAGUUGCAUGUCCCGGCGCUCGGGGCUGCCUCGAUGGGCCUUGUACUGCUGUCUCUUCCUCUCCGUCCUGGUCAUGCUGUGGCUGAGCUGCUGCUCUCUGAUCACCACACCGGGCCAGCACCUCAAGUUCCAGCCUCUGCCUUCAGAACAGCAUAAGGGCCUCCUGGUGGAGUCCAGCUGGCCCUUGCUCCCGCCCCCACCACCUGCCUGUGAGGAUAGCCCGCUGCCUUACAAGGUGAAGUUUGAUUUGACCACACUGUAAUCUCCGGCCUAUUGCCAAAUGCAGGGGCCCCUUCCUACGUGUUUACUCCGCACCGCACCCUGAAGUCCAAGGUCAGGGUGGAGAACCAGGCUUGGGUUCAUCUACCCCCUAAUCCUACCUCCCUCUCUUUGCCAGCAUAUCCUUUAGUCCCCUUGAGACAAAGUGGCUGGGAGGGGAGGGUCUGGCCUACCCGCCCCACUGUCUUGUCUUGUUGGCUGCUGGCUUUUUUACUUUACUCACAAGUUCUGACUAUGAACCUUGUCUGCGUUGCCUUUUUCUUUCUUCGUAUCCUUGCCGUGGGGGCUGAGGUCUAGGGGUUCCCUCUGCUAAGGUCCUUUUCCUUCUUUAUCUUUUGUGACCCAGCCGCCCAAGGAAGGAAUGGUGGGACUCCCUGCUGGGAGGGGAUGAGGAAGAAUAAACCUUUAAAUAAAGUGAAUAAAAGAUA